CCGAAGCUGCUGCCUCCGCGGUUGCUGUUGUUGUUGUUGCUGCCGCUUCCACUCCACGUUGUGAGCUGCUGUCCGGAUACGAAGCGACACCGGAACGGGGACUUAAUUUCUGUUACAGGACACAGAACCACCAACAAAGUGUCCCCGGAGGCUGUGGGCGCGCUGACCGCUGAGCUCUCUCCUCCUCCCGGCGGUGAACGGACGGCCGGUGAAGUGAGACUGACCAAGAGACCAACAGCCAAGAGACGUCUGACUGCAUGAAGAGGCCGAGUGACGGGACCCUGGUCCUCACCUAGACCUCUCCCACGACCCCCCCACUGCCUGGACAUGAGGUCGUUCCGCUCAUUUGCGAAUGACGACCGCCAUGUCAUGGCCAAGCACGCCAGCAUCUAUCCGGCCCCGGAGGAGCUGGAGGCCGUGCAGACACUGGUGUCCACCGUGGAGGGAGCCCUCAAGAAAGUCUCUGAUUGGAUGGAUGGCCUCAACAAAUCCUCAGGGAAGACCUCCACCAAUAACGAGGCGGGGGACAAGACGGUGGAGGACGAUGCUGCUCAAACAAAGCCGGACGGUACGUCAGUGCUGUGUGGGGUGACGCGUGUCAGCCUGGUGGCCAAAGGCCUGCUGAUCAAAGGGGACAUGGACCUGGAACUGGUGCUGAUGUGCAGAGAGAAACCCACCAAACUGCUGCUGUACACCAUCAGCGCCAACCUCCCCCUGCAGAUCCAGACAAUGACGGAGGACAAAUACGAGGUGCGGUCGUGUGUGCCGGAGGCAGCUAUCCGGGUCUGCAGCACCAAAAACCCUCAACUCACGCUGAAGAUCACCCUGUCCUCCUUAGCCAUGAGGGAGGAACACAGCACCACAGAAGAAGAGGAGGACGAUCAGGACGUCAACAAGAAGAAGCAGGAGGACAAGGAGGAGGACGACGACGUCCUGGACAGGCAUAAGUGCCAGGCUGCGCUGGCUUCGCUCCGACACGCCAAAUGGUUCCAGGCCAGAGUCACAGAUCUCAAGUCCUGCGUCAUCAUCUUGAGGAUCCUCAGAGACAUGUGCAACAGGCUGCCUGUGUGGCAGCCUCUCAAAGGAUGGCCCCUGGAGCUGAUCUGUGAAAAGGCCAUAGCCACCUGUAACCGGCCGCUGGGUCCAGGUGAGGCCUUGCGUCGAGUCAUGGAGUGCAUCGCCUCAGGGAUUCUCCUGCCAGGAGGUCCUGGAGUUCACGACCCCUGUGAGAGGGAACCAACAGACGUCCUGUCUGACCUCAGCGCCCAGCAGGCCGACGCCAUCACACACAGCGCACAGCAUGCGUUACGCCUCCUAGCCUUUGGACAGCUUUACAAGGUCUUGAAUAUGGAUCCUCUCCCCGCCAACAAGCCCUCACCGAGGCUCUUAGAAGGCGGCUGUCAGAAGAGGCUUCGGGAGGAGGUCGGGUCAGAUGACAGAGACUUCAUCAAAAGGAUGAAAGUCCUAGACUGGAGAAUGACGGAUCCAAACCACCCCAUGAACGCUCUCAUGCGUCUGAACCAGAUCCACCCGGGUCUCCAGUACCGCCUGCUGUCCCAGUCCGGCCCGGUCCACGCUCCGGUCUUCACCAUGUCUGUGGAGAUCCAGGGAACCACCUACCAGGCCACCGGGAACUCCAAGAGAACCGCCAAGCUCCAAGUAGCUCUCAAGGCGCUGCAGGCUCUGGGCUACGUGCUCGGCAGCGAUGGCGACGUGGACUCGCUGAGCGCCGACGAGAAGUCAGAUGGCGAAGGCAAGAACGACAGGAUGUCCACCAGCUCCAGCUCCACCUCCAUCACCUCCUCCACAGACGCACAGGAGUCCAGAGCUCCAGGUCCGAUCCUGACGGCGGGAGGGAAAAACCCGGUGAUGGAGCUGAAUGAGAAACGCCGCGGCCUCAAAUACGAGCUGAUCUCAGAGAGCGGCAGCAGCUACGACAAACGCUUCAUCAUAGAGGUGGAGGUGGACAAGCAGGUUUUUCGGGGGACGGGUCCCAAUAAGAAAGUAGCCAAGGCUUGUGCCGCGCUGGCCGCCCUGAACAGUCUGUUCUCCGGCUCCAAAUCUACGAGCAGCAAGAAGAAACGGCCCAACCCUCCACCAAAGCGACCCGUGGCCUCAGUGCUGACCCUCCCGGCCCUCGCUGCCAGACCUCCACGGGUCCCCGUCAUCCCCAGAGCUCCCUACAUCAGCACCCCACCCACGCACGGAUACAUCCCCCCAGGUUUCGGUGCUCCUUAUGGUUACAGCCCUGCAGGCGCCCUCCCUGCCUACGGUGGCCUGUACAUCGACAGUGCCUAUUAUCAGCCGCAGACCAUAGCCACACCUAUAAUCAUCCACCUGGGCCCUCAGGAUCUUUUCUGACCCCGCCGAUGUACCAAGACCACACUCGGCAACAGACUCGACCUCCUGUUUAAUCCCUCACCCUUAUUAAACCCUGUCAGCGCCUCUCAAUUACUGCGGCACUGUUCCCCCGGGUUUCUCCUUCCACAUGAGACAAAGCAGCAAUAUUGAAAGCAAUAUGGAAGUGAAAACACCUCGGGCAACACUCUGCCAAGUCCAGGUCAGGUUUAAGUGAGGAAGAGGCCGCAGCCGAGACUUUGUUUUACCCAGCUCGCUCAGAAAACGUCAAUAAAACACAAAGCAAUACUUCUUCUGCCUUCGGGAAUCUCAAUGUGUUCGAGGGCAACUUGGCUCGAGUCUCAAACGGUUUUUCAGUUGCAGAAACUGAACAGACCGUCAGCUCCGGCACAUUCACGUCAGUGUGACCUACUGUAUGUAAAUAAAACAUUUACUACACUGUAUAUAUGGAUGUUUGUGAGUUUUGAAUAUAUAUAUAAAACAUGUUAAUAUGUUUGAAUAUGUAAAACCCACAAACGGGUAAAGGAACAUAUUUAUAAUAUAUCUCUGAAUGUAAAUACAGAAGUAGCUUUGUAUUGAAAGCACUCUCAGAUAUGCUAUCUCUAAAUAUUAAGAGUUAAAUACAUUUUACAAAUUGUCUAUAACAAUGUCUAUAACACUGUAUUGGUAUGUUGAUGGUAUAUAAUCCCAAAUGAAACAUUGCUGCACAUAGUAGAAUAAGUAGAACUUUUACAAUCCAAAGCACCAAGAUAAAUAUAAUUUGACAAAACCAAUUUAUAAACGAUUUUAAAUCAUCAUCAUCCUCUGUAACACAACUGCUGGGUUUUUAGCUUGUAUCAGUGGAAGGGACCCGACAAGGGGUCAGAGGUCAAAGCUUACAGGUCACAAGAUGUUUGACAGAAUAUUUCUGUAUAUUUUUCCAACUUUCGUCAAAUCUUUUAUUUUUAACUGGAUCAUUUCACCUUUAAAAUGAUUCAAAUACGAAGCGGUCACAGCCGUUGGAUAAAAUGAGGGAUGAUAAGAUGACGUUUAUUUGGUUUAGUGGCCACAAGACGAAAAGUUUGGGAACCACUGAUUUAAAUGGUUGUAGAUGUUCCUGAGAGAAAAGGCACAAAGCUUUAAAAAGUGUUAGCAAUUAAGAAAUCUUUAUGUAAAAAAAACAGUUGGCUUGUUUUCAACUAAAUUCUGUUUAAAAGUGAUAAAGCGAGCUAAUAGCAUUAGCACGUUACUGAAAAUUUUGAUUUAAAGAGUGAUAAAGUUUUAUGAAGCGGUUCCAGAUUUAAUGAGCUGUUAAGAUGUUUCCGGUGCACGUGUCCUCGCUGCAGCUGGACUGAAAGCACAAGUGUCUAAAGCAAUAUUCAACUCAGGACCCUUCAAACCAUUAAAAACCACAGGAAUGCAAACUUAAUCUGAUCAUGUGACGCGCACAUAAACAGAUGAAAGAAAACUGUGAACAGUGCCUCUGUGCUGUCGAUGACCCGAUGCUUGGGCAGAAUGUGAAUUCCACUAUGAUUAUUCAAAAUACUCAGUGUAAUGUCUCGUACUGUUUAAGUGUUGAUGAAAGUUUCUGGUUGAAUGUAAAAACAAAUGUGGCCACAAAUUACAGAAGAUUCAGACUAAAGUACUGUACAGGAUACUGUUUUUUUUUUUUAUUAUUAUUAUUAUAUUAAGAUUUAAAUUUGUCAAUCAACUGCUGUCAAUCAACCUCUACAUGUCAUGUCA